AUGGCACUUUCUCCCCCCCUUCCCUCCACCCCCCCAAUAGGACUGUGUGUGUCGGCAGAGGCGUCUGCCGAGGGGCUAAUUUCGCGUUCCUUGUUUACGAUCGCGGAAAGCGCUCGGCUCUCCCCAAAUGGGCCCAGCCCGCCGCCGGCUCCGGCUGCCGCGCGCUCUCCCGCCGUUCGGGCGCGGCCUCCGGGAGCCAGGCCGCGGCCACCGAGAUCCCCGAGUCGGAGAGGCCUGGAAAGGGCAAGGGGAGGCCCGUGGGCCCGUGGAGGGGCCCCCCGGAGGCCUGAACAUGGGAGCUUUUCUCCUGUCGUAAUGUGGGAACCCGCCGACCGCGGGGCUCAACCCCCCAGACCUCCAGAAAUGACGUCAGAAUCAUUUGCAUCCCACUGCCUCUACCUGCCAGGUCCAGCUGGGAGCCUGCCUCGCCGGCCCCUGGGCCAGAGGGUUGGAGGGGCGCUGCCUGGUGACCUCCACGGACAGACAGGAUCACCAGGAAUGGAAGCCUUUGGAGGAGCCCAGGAGCCGAGGCCCAAGGGGCCCAUGGAAAGCUCAAGGGGAGACUCCAGGAGGGGGCUGAGUCACAGCCUCCCCCAACCCCUCCAUGCCAGGCUGGGGAGGAUCGCUGGGGGCUUCCCCUCCUCUUACAGGGGAGGGCUGUCAGCCUGCGGGGUGCGCACCGAGACACCCCAGCCUCUGCCAGCCAACCCCCCAUCACCACCACCACCACCACCCCAGCAGCAGCACCACCACCACCACCACCACACACACAAAAAAAUUGGAUACAUUUUGAAUAAAGCGAUUCGGUUCCUUAUCCGGGGACUGGGUUGCUCCGUGUGA